AUGAAGCCGUCUGCACACAUGCUUGAGAUCAUUGCUUGCACCACGCUAAUCCUCGUGAGCUGUGCUGGAAAUGUGUGUUUAUUUUAUUCUACAAGGAAAUGUAUCACUGGGCGUUUACAGACAUCCUUUCUUCUAAUUUUCAGUCUUAUAUUUGUCCACCUCAUUAAAAACUUGGUGGUGAACAUCAUGAAAAUUGUUUAUGCUUCGGGUUUCGUGUUGGAUUCAGCUGGCUGCAAAGUUCUGCACUUCACAGCAGCCCUGACGACUUGCCUGGCCAUCUGGUUCACGCUGCACUUUGCACUGUUCUACCACCAGCAGCUUCACCAAGCCGUCCACCCUGUGAGUGAGGCCCCAAGGCUGGACCAGCAGAAGCAUUCCGUGAAGGUGGUUUCUGCACUUUGGGCUGCUGGUGUGGCAGGGCACACCCCCAUUUUACUUUUCACUGGGAAACCAAAAUACCUGAAUGCAGGCAAUGACACAGACCCCUUGUCUACACACAGCAUUUAUGUGGAUUGCCUGACUGACUUUGGAAACAAGCAGGUAGAGUUUUACUACGGGAAAAUAUUUCUAGUUCUCAUGGAUAUUCUUCCUUUAGCAAUCUUAGUUUUCGUCUGUUUCUGGAUGUCUUUUCUCCUUUCAGAAAGAAGGAAGAUGACAUAUGGUGACAUCUGGAUCGGAGAUGAUGAUUCAGAAACUGAAAUCCUUAGAGGGGCCAAGUUUAGUAUUGUAUUAAUGUGGCUGAUCACUCCACUUUGGAUUUCUCACUUUAUCUUAGUCUCUUUUUCAGAAGACUUGGCAGCCUGCGUCUUUUUCCCAGCUGUUCUCACAGCCCUUUCUUCAGGCUUCUCUGCUCUUAGUCCUUUCCUGCUUAUGUUGGUGAAUUACAAAAUGAAGUUGGUGUCCUUGUGCGGGGCCAAAGAGGAAAGUCCCACACCACAGCUUGCAGAUGUGACUCUUUCUCCGUAUGCCUAACGACAAAGAGCUUGGCUUUAAUCAGUGGGAUGGACUCCAUCAUUGCAAGGUCAGCGGCAGUUCUCACAGCCCUCACCAAUAGUUUCUGAAAGGGGGAAUAGCAGAUUGACACCUCCCCCAAAAUAGACUUCUGGGGAAACUGCAAGACGAAAAUUAUGAACACUGGGUUAGAACAAGCUGAAGAAAAAUGGUAAUCACAACAUUUGUUACUUAGGACAAUACCAAGGUUUUUCAUGUAGAAACUCUUAACAUGACUCGGCAGUGAUCACAUUCUGGAAAUGAACUCAACACAACAAACAAUAUAUUAAGUAUUUAUUCUGUGCAAGGUAUUGUGUUAAAAAUCAGUACAUUGUUGAAACUGAGGAUAAAACUUCCUAGAUAAAUUUCUGAAGGUACUUAACUGUGAUCUUGUGUUCCCAUGUGUUUUUCCUGAAUUACUCUGAUACAUAUUGGAAAUGCAUAUGCUAAGUAAGCAAUGUUCAGGUUUUGCACUUUCAGUCAUAGUACCUCAGCUAGGCAAGAAGCAGAUUUUGUUCCUUUUCCUUCCUCUAGGAAGUUAGGGCCAGAUGAAAGCACUGUGUUA